AUGAGUGAUAAUGUUGCAAGACAGAAAUCGGCUAGGUGGGUAGCCGAAGUGCCCAAUUAUGGAGAUUGGGGAGAGGAAGACUACGACGAUUAUGAAGACGAAACUAUUAGGCAAGAUGCAACAACUACACGAACACAAUCAAAUCAGAAGAGGUGGUCACAGGACAAUGUGGUACACGAAGAAGUUCCAAGAGCUUAUGCAAAUGAACCUGCUCCUAAAAUCAUGGUAGAUAGAGAAGAUAAACUCGAGAAGGAUACACAAAGUGAGACUAGGAACCCUUUAGUCUUGUCUAUUGACAAACAUGCAAGUCCAACAGAUACCGACAGUAGUGAUGAAGAAGAUGAGGAAAAAGACAAAGGGAACAUCUCCAACAGACAGACCAGAUAUGAUUGUGACAUAAAUGAAGAAACAAGCAUGAAUGUCCACGCUCGUAAAGGAAGCACAUAUGAAGAAGUGGUGCCAGGCGCAUUCAGAGACGACGAGAAGAUUCACAAUGCUUUGGUUGGCUCAACCGAUAACAAGGAACAAGUUGAAGAGGACCAUACAAGGAAUGUAUAUUACAAGCCGGAGAGAAAUGAAUUCAUUGUACCUCCCACUCCCACGUUUAGUGAAUUCUCGGGCCAUUCAAACUACCCAGAGACAUUCUCUGAAGCAAGUUUCCAAUCAGACAAUUCGAUUCAGAGAGAACCAGUACACUUACCAGUAAAGGAUGCAACAUCGAGUGAUGCAAAUAAUGCAAUUUUGGAGCAGUUGGAUGAACACAACUUCAAUGAACAGGAGCAAGCGGCAGAAGAAAGUCCCGAAAAGUUGGUUCUUUCAAUUGACCACAAAAUUAAUCACCAUGAUGAUGAUGAUAGCAGUACUGAUGAUGAUUGGGGAUAUCAAGGAAACGACACUUCUGAAGAAGAGGACAAUGGUGACCAUUUGAAAAUUGAGACUGAACAUGAUAUCGAUUCUUAUAUCAAUGAAUUGAGCGGACACACAUCUAUAAAAAACGAUGAUGAAUCGGUGAGAGCUCCAGAGGUAGAAACAUCAGAAACUGAGCCUAAUGAGUUUACCUCUUCAAGUAAUGAUGAGAUUGAGAGCCCCAUAGCACCAUUAUCUAUCGUUCAACAGCAUAAUUCUUACUUGAACGAAAUGGCGAGUCGAAAACUGUCUGUGAGGAAAGCCCCUGGCAGAAUUGAAUCUGGGGAUUAUUCAAAUAUUCUCAAUGGGUAUGGCUAUGAAGAAGAGUCAAGUACGGAGCCCCAAGCAACACAUAGCCGUAAGGAAAGUGCAGAAUUUGUACCUCCUAAUAUGGAUACACGUUCAAUACUUUCAAGUGGAUCCCUAUCAACGGGAAAGCUUUCCUUAGAGUCUAAGACAUUCCAGAAACCAGAUACGAAUGAUGGAGAUGAUGAUCUCAACUCUCGCCGAGUUUCACAAGCCACGCUAAGCUUGGGAAAUUGGGUACCAAACACGGAUAGCUAUCGUAAUAAGUUUAUCAAUGACAAUGAUAAUGAGUCAACUAUUAACUUUGAUUCUGAUGCGGCAUCCAAGUACAACAAAUUCACAAAGGCUCGCACACCAUCCGGACUUGCUGACGUUGUUUCUAAUGCUAGUUCCAUAUCAGUUCCCGAAACUAUAGAUGCUGCCAUGCCUAGUAUUCAAGAAGAUACCGACGACGAGCAACCACAGGAUCUGUUUGGUGAUACUAAAUCAACCGACAAGUUGGAACCUUUUAUGACACAAGACUCACUUUUCGAACCUAAGCCUUACCAAAAGCCAGUGUUUGGUGAAGAACGAUUAACUCCUGCUAACUCAAAGGAUCAUUUGCCUCAAAAAUACACAAGCUUACUCCCCACUGGACAAAGAAAAGCAUCAGACGGUACAGGUGAAGUUUCCAUACAAUCGAGGACAGUCUCAACAAAUAGCAAUUCGACCACAGUUGUUACGACGGCACCUACUACGUCGUCAAUGACCGAGUUCAAAACAGGAAAAUAUCCUGUUUCAAAUUGGAAAGCUAUAGUCACGAUAUCACAACCAGUUGAUCGAAUAGCUGCCUUUAAAAAGGCUUUGGCAGACGAGGCGGAGUACGAAACAGGAUUACAAUAUUGGUUAAAUUAUACGUUAAAACAAAGUCCUGACGUCAACAGUAACAUUCACAUUGGUCGUAUAGCCUCCCAAGCGUAUCAGAACGCGCCACAUAAUGAAUUGAGAAGACAUGGAUCAUUAAGGAGUAAGGUGAACGUGAUGAAAGAUAAAGUGGAAGGAACGGGGUCUACAGCAUCUAACUUUGGUAAGAAGUUAUUUAGUCGUAGCAGAAAAUUUAUUUCAGGUGAUAAGUAG